AUGUCGAAGCCGAGAAUUAUUGGUGAAUUAGUUAUUGUCGCUUAUAAAGCUAGACAUCUUCCUGAACGCGAGCUUGUCGGUAAACAAGACCCAUUUGUUGUGUUCCGCUUGGGCGAAGUUACCAAAAAGACUAAAACCGAUCUUAGAGGUGGACAGCAUCCAACUUGGGAUGAUCAGGUCAACUUGCCCGUGCCUGAAAAGAAAAAAGUUGUGAUCGUUCAAUUAUUUGAUGAAGACGCGAAAAGACAAGAAUUGAUUUCUGAGUGUGAAUUGGACAUUACAAAGGCUUUGGAAGAAGGAGAAGAUGAUGAUUGGUAUCAGUUGCAUUAUAAGGGCAGAGAAGCAGGCCAAAUUUACUUGGAGUUGACAUUUUAUGCAGCCCAACCUCCACCAAAGCGCCAACCUACGAGAUACGGUGGUAAACAUCCUAAACCAACUGGUUAUGCACCUCAACAAACACCGCAACAACAAAGACCUUAUCCUACCUCCCCUCAAUAUCCUCCUCAACCUUCCUACGCUGGAACUCCAAUUGCACCUACGCCUAGUGAAUCACAUUCUACACCAAUGUAUCGCCCAACUCAACCGCAAUAUGGUGCCCCCAAUUCUUUCCCUUACCCUCCCACUGCUCCUCCACCUUCAAACUCGUAUGAUCCCAACCGUGUCAUGUGGAAUAAAGAGCAUCCCCGUCCUACUAAUGAGGGUAUCCCUAUCAGAUAUGGAACACCAGAUUCUACUAGCAGACCUACUUCACCACCCGGUCCAGGAAGUUAUGGCAGCAAUAACUCCGCUUCCCUUUUAUCCUCUUCCUACAAUCCUCGUCCUAACAACUAUGGUGGCGGUGGUGGCUAUCCUCAAACCAACCCUAAUCCUAAUAGAAACAGCUUUCCUAGCAAUUAUGGUGCUAGUCCAUACCCACAACAUAGUGGUGGCGGAGGGUUCCCUGAGCCUCAACAAUUCGCAGGCGGAUAUAAUCCUCAUGCCGAUCCUUUAGGUACACCUUUUGCUGCUCAUCAAGGUAGCUUCAAUACUGGACCACCUCAACCUCAAUAUGGAACUCCUCAGCAUUCUGGCUAUCCCCCUAACCAGAAUUAUCCUCCUCGUCCACAGUAUCAACAAGGCUUCCCUCCCAACGGUGGUUACAAUGGAGCCCCUUAUCCACCUUAUUAA